CUAAAAAUGUUCUCAACGUCCAGGUAUCAUGGCUGGCUCCAACAGGUCAGGAGAUCUGGCAGAUGCUCAAAAGUCAAUCCCUAUCGGAACAAUCUGUGCAAUUCUCACCACUUCCACUGUUUACUUAUCAGCUGUGAUCCUGUUUGCUGGAACUGUUGACAACUUACUACUUAGGGACAAAUUUGGCCAGAGUAUAGGCGGAAGACUGGUGGUAGCCAAUAUCGCCUGGCCCAACGAGUGGGUCAUACUGAUCGGUUCCUUCCUCUCCACCCUCGGGGCUGGUCUCCAGAGUCUAACUGGAGCUCCUCGACUGCUGCAGGCUAUAGCAAAGGAUGGAACCAUACCUUUGCUGGCUCCAUUCGCAGUUUCGUCAAGCCGUGGAGAGCCAACACGAGCCCUGAUCCUUACAGUAAUGAUCUGCCAGUGUGGCAUUCUCUUGGGGAAUGUGGACUAUCUCGCACCAUUGCUCUCCAUGUUCUUCCUUAUGUGUUAUGGCUUCGUCAACUUGGCCUGCGCUCUCCAGACCUUGUUACGCACUCCCAACUGGCGGCCCCGCUUCAAGUACUACCAUUGGUCACUCUCUUUCCUGGGGCUGUCUCUUUGCAUCGCAGUAAUGUUUAUGACCAGUUGGUACUACGCUCUUCUAGCUAUGGGGAUGGCAGGUGUUAUCUACAAGUACAUAGAAUAUCGUGGAGCCGAGAAGGAGUGGGGAGACGGUAUCCGAGGGUUAGCGCUGAGUGCGGCACGCUACAGUCUGCUGCGUCUAGAGGAGGGUCCACCCCAUACCAAGAACUGGAGACCCCAAAUUUUGAUUCUUGCCAAACUCACUUCGGACUUGGUUCCCAAGUACAAAAAGCUCUUCACUUUCACCUCUCAGCUAAAAGCUGGUAAGGGGUUGACUGUGUGCGUUUCUGUGAUCCCUGGAGAGUUUACGCGUUGCUCAAGCGAAGCCUUGGCUGCUAAGCAGAGUCUGCGCAAAACCAUGGAAGAAGAGAGAGUUAAGGGCUUCACUGACGUCCUGGUGUCCCAGGACAUCGCCGAAGGCAUUAGCCACCUUGUGCAGACAACAGGCUUAGGAGGAAUGAAACCCAACACUGUAAUCCUGGGAUGGCCAUAUGGCUGGAGACAAUCGGAGGAGGAUAGAACCUGGAGAGUGUUCCUGGAAACAGUUCGGGUCAUCUCCGCUAACCGCAUGGCUCUCCUUGUGCCCAAGGGCAUCAACUUCUUCCCGGAAUCUGCUGAUAAGGUGAAAGGUAAUAUUGACAUCUGGUGGAUUGUCCAUGACGGUGGGCUGCUCAUGCUGCUGCCGUUCUUGUUGAAGCAGCAUCGCACCUGGAAGAACUGCAAGAUGCGAAUCUUCACUGUCGCUCAGAUGGAGGACAACUCCAUCCAAAUGAAGAAAGACCUCAAGACUUUCCUCUAUCACCUACGUAUUGAUGCUGAGGUGGAGGUUGUUGAAAUGACGGACAAUGACAUCUCGGCGUACACUUACGAGCGCACACUCAUGAUGGAGCAGCGGAACCAGAUGUUACGGGAGCUGAGGUUAAACAAAAAGGAAAGCCUUGGAAUGGUGAGUUUAUCAUUUCCUCUACUAUUUCUACUAUUACCUAAAGGAGGUGUAGUUCUUCAUUAAAUAUAACAUCUUCUA